GUCCCUUUGGAAAACGCAGAAGCUUGUCCUCGUCAUUGCUAUAGAGAGAGUUUGCUUAAAGUAAAGGCAAAGAAGAAUUUCCAUCUACAAUGGCAUCGAAGUUGAACAACAAUAUGAACAAGGCUAUAAUUAUCCACGCCCUGCUUGGGCUGCUUGUUGGUGUCUUUGCUCGCACAUAUUUCCAUGGGUUGCAAGACAAUGUGGAGGAGAAUGAAAGCUACCUCGGACAACAUUUUGAUGAACUUGGUGGUACUGUGGCAAGAAGUAUUCAGGAUGGUUUUGUUACUUUGGCAGUCAAAUUUCUCCAUUUCUUCAUUUCGAAGUGCUUGCAGUUCAGAUAUUUGCCAGCGCUGCUUCUUGCGCCUUCUGCAAUGUCUCUGUUAUUUUGGGUAGCAUUUACUCGAUCAAUCUCAUCAAUGCCCAAUAAUCCUCUGUAAAUUAUACCACUACAGUUUAAACACAUUCUUCUUAGUCCACUGCACAUGAACUCUCUUUGAAAAUACUUAGAAGCGGAACGGGGAGGAGAAAGCCGAAAGGUUUGAUUGAGGUUGGCGACUUGACAGAUCGUCAUGGUGAAACUGCACCAAAGCAGCCAAGCCUACCAAUCCAUUAAUGCUUUUUCAGUCAAGGCAAAGGAGAUUGGGAAGCUGCAUAGGGUCUGUUAAGUUGUUCCAAAUUGUUGGCAAAGGAAAUGCAAUAUCAAUUGAAAAUAAUUCAUGGAAUUUAA